AUGCAAAAGACAAUUAAAAAUGCUAGAGUAAAUCGAUUAACACAUUUGAUUCAGGAAUAUAAUAUUGAUAAAGUUGUUCACAUUCGAGGUCGUUAUAACUGUCUACCAGAUUACCUUUCUCGGUAUUCUAAAGAACAAGAUGAUGAGUUAAAUGACAUUGAAUAUGGAUUAGGUAGUAAAAAUCAUUCAAUAUUAUCUUUCCUAAAACCUUCUGCUAAUAAUUCAAAAUCUCAUUCACUAGAAUCAUCUGAUAAUCAGAAUAUAUUAGCAGCCGUGACGUUAAGACCACGUAAAAAUCAAACAAAAAUUACAAAUGAUACUAGAGAUAGUGACAGUGGCACGGCUUCUCAUCAAGGAUUCGAUAUAGUAUCUCGUAGACGAGAUAUAAAAAAGAGAAAAGUAGCAUCAAAUAUUUCACAGAAUUAUUUCGAUACAACAAAGUUGAAAAUUGAACAGAAACGAGAUCCUGAUAUACAAAAUAUAGUUCGAAGUUUGAACUUAAAAUCUAAUCAACUUUCAUUUGUAUUGAAAGACGAUAUAGUUUACAAAUUAAUUAAAUUAAAUAAACAUUCUAAUAAUCAAACUGAAGUGAUCUAUUUACCUUCUUCGAUGAUAAAUUCAUUGUUACGAGCGUGCCACGAUGACCCGAUGUCAGGUGCUCACUUUUCUACAAACCGACUAUAUUAUAAAGUUCGAAAUCACUUUUGGUGGCCGCGCAUGAAGAGCACCAUCGAACACUACGUAAAAGCUUGUCGUUUGUGUAAACAAUUUAAUAUAAGUCGUAAUAAAAGAUUUGGUUACUUGCGUUCUAUAUCACCAUCUGAGGGACCAUUUGCUUUAAUAAGCAUGGACUACUGUGAACCUUUGUCAAGAACUCCUCGGGAGAAUCAAUAUGUCCUUGUCAUAACUGACUACUUUACUCGAUAUGUAACAGCAAUUGCGCUUCCAAACUGUACAGCAGAAACUACCGCGCAAGCGUUGUUUAAUGAGUAUUUCUGUAAAUAUGGCAUACCAUCUGUUGUACUCAGUGAUCGAGAAUCACAUUUUCAAAACAAAUUAAUGGAAAAUUUACAGAAACUCAUCAGAUAUAAUCAUAUCUAUAGUACACCUUACCAUCCCCAAACAAACGGAGUUGUCGAGCGUUUUAACGCUACUUUUGUAACGCAAGUAUCGAAGUUACAAGACACUCAGUUAUAA